UUGACAUUCACAAUUUACGAAUUCCGAGAUCGUAGAUGGCUAUAGCUUGAUUACAUUAUCUUUGUUAAGUUUUAAUCUGAAAUUUUGUUCUCUUAAAUUUGAUUUUUCUUUCCACUGUAAGCUGUGUAUUAUAUACUAUCAGUAUGUCCAAGGAAGUUGGUUUUAAUAAUGAUGAUUCUCCAAAUAAAACUAAUUCGCACCUACAACUUCCUAGUCCGAUAAUCACCCGUAGAAAUCGCACAGCAUCUACAUCUGAAAGAGCUUUAGGGAAUCCCGUAGAGACUGGUAAAAUUAAAUCAUUUUGUAGAGCGAAAGGUCAUGGAUUUGUAACUCCGUUAAGAGGCGGCGAAGAUCUUUUUGUGCAUAUCUCUGACAUUGAAGGUGAGUAUGUCCCUCUGCCAGGAGAUGAGGUUAUGUACCGACUCUGUCCAAUACCACCCAAAUUUGAAAAGAAUCAAGCCGUCCAUGUGAGGAUUGUGCAUUUGACCCCUGAGAAACAUCUCAAGUGGGAUGAGCCCCCGCUGUAAUUGAACAAUCUCAUUGAAAUACAGUUACCAUAAUCAUUUACAACAAUCCAUGUAUUCUUACAUAAGCUCUUUUAUUAGAUCUAAGUUUGUCUCACACCCAAGAACUAAGUUCUUAUCUCAACAAUAGGUGAUUAAGGUCAUAUUUGAAGUAUUGUCAAUGUGUUAUUUGCAUUUUACAUCAGUAUUUAUAUAGGAUGGAUAUGUGGUGCUAAAUUUUUGAAGGUUUUACCAUCACUAAGA